GGCAUGGCCUUCACGCUGCACGAGCGGCAGAUGCUGGGCCUGCAGGGGCUCCUGCCUCCCAAGAUAGAGACACAGGACAUCCAGGCCCUGCGCUUCCACAAGAACCUGGCCAAAAUGACCGACCCCCUGGAGAAGUACAUCUACAUCAUGGGCAUCCAGGAGAGGAACGAGAAGCUCUUCUACAGGGUGCUGCAGGACGACAUCGAGCGGCUGAUGCCCAUCGUGUACACGCCCACCGUGGGGCUGGCCUGCUCCCAGUACGGGCACAUCUUCAGGAGACCAAAGGGAUUAUUUAUUUCCAUAUCAGACAGAGGCCACAUAAGGUCAAUUGUGAACAACUGGCCAGAGAACGACGUGAAGGCUGUUGUGGUCACUGAUGGAGAAAGAAUAUUGGGUCUUGGAGACCUGGGGGUGUACGGGAUGGGGAUUCCAGUGGGAAAGCUGUGUUUGUACACAGCCUGUGCAGGGAUACACCCAGAUAAAUGCCUGCCUGUGUGCAUCGACGUUGGGACUGAUAACACAACCCUGCUGAAGGAUCCCUUCUACAUGGGGCUCUACCAGAAGAGGGACCGCUCGCAGGUCUACGAUGACCUGAUCGACGAGUUCAUGGAGGCCAUCACGGACAGGUACGGCCAGAACACGCUCAUCCAGUUUGAGGACUUUGGAAACCACAAUGCUUUCCGGUUCCUGAGGAAGUACAGGGAGAAGUACUGCACCUUCAACGACGACAUCCAAGGGACAGCCUCAGUGGCCUUGGCAGGACUGCUGGCAGCCCAGAGAGCCACUGGGAAACCACUCACAGACCAGAAAGUGCUGUUCCUUGGAGCGGGAGAGGCCGCCCUGGGAAUCGCCAAUCUCAUUGUGAUGGCCAUGAUGGAAAGGGGUGUUUCCCACGAGGAGGCCUCCAGGAGGGUGUGGAUGUUUGACAAGCACGGCCUGCUGGUCCAGGGCCGGGAGCAGAAAGUGGAUCCCCACCAGGAGCCGUUUGCCCACAGGGCUCCACAGGACAUAGACAUACCAAAGACAUUUGUAGAGGCAGUGAAUGUACUUCGGCCUUCAGCUAUCAUCGGGCCGGUGCCUGUUUGCCAGCGGCAGCCCCUUCGAGCUGGUCACUCUGAGGGAUGGGAGGACCUUCAAACCAGGCCAAGGAAACAACGCCUACAUCUUCCCAGGCGUGGCUCUGGCUGUGAUCCUCAGCAGCGUCAGGCACAUCAGCGAUAAGGUUUUCCUGGAGGCUGCCAAGGCAUUGGCAGAGCAGUUGACAGAUGAAGAGCUUGCACAAGGAAGACUUUAUCCUCCGCUGUCCAAUAUCAGGGAAGUUUCUAUUUAUAUUGCUGUCAAGGUGA